AUGGAUAUCUGGCAGCAGACAAGACAGCCCCAUCUGAACGAAGAAAGCGGACAGAUUCUGGCCAUGUUCCACCCCCUCAACAACCAACUCUCUUUCGCCCGGAACAAAUUCCAGGUCAACAUCUACUGUAACUUGGGCGCAUUCCAGCUUAGGGGAAUGUCCCUUCUUCCCGAGCCAGGCACACCUAUCGAAAUUAUGUUUCACGAGUACGAAAAUGACAACGCUACCGGAAACCGAAAGAUGAAUGGAUACUACUACACUGGAUUGGUCACCGAGAACCGCCUCCAGAGUCCUAAUGUUUCGUUCUGUGCCAUGGUCUACGGAGUACCAUUCAGAAAGUUUGGUAAGGAAAAGGUCUUGAUCCACGCCCGGCUGGNNGGAGGAGAUGAUGUGGCCACAACGCGUCAGAUGUCCAUGUACCAGUCUGCUUCGAAUGGUCUCACACGUGAUGGAGGAGAUGACGUGGCCACAACGCGUCAGAUGUCCAUGUACCAGUCUGCUUCGAAUGGUCUCACACGUGAUGGAGGAGGUAUCAACUGGGACGGUCUCCUGCUCGACUCCCGUGCUCCUGCAUCUUACAUUGAGAAGAAUGUCUGGACCGCAUCUUUGAAUAGAUAUCCAGGUCAAAAGGAAGACUUCGAGCAACAGGCGAAGGCUCUCUUCAAUCUAGACUUCAAACAGAUGGACUUCACAAGACACUUUCUUGAGAAUGAUACUGGGGUCUCCGUUCUGUUUGGGCCCGCUGGUUCUGGUAAAACCUUCACCGUUGUCGCUACUCUCCUGCUUUAUCUCGCAACAAACAAGAAGUAUCGUGAAGGAAUCAAGAACCUCGGCAACCGUCACCGCGUCCUUGUGACUGCUACCACCGACGCCGCUCUCGACGAGAUUCUCCGUAAAUGCGUUGCGCAAACUCGUACGCUUGGUUGUCAGAAGUUUGUGCGCUUCNAUGGUGGCAAUCGUCAUACGCACCCAUCUGCUGCUAAGGGGGCCGCUAUGGCAACUCAGGAAGAUACUGAUAAGAAAGAGAAUAAACUGCACAAGACAAUCGAGGAGGUGUACUGGCUCAUGAUGGAUGUAGAUGCCCGUAGUGGCGAGUCAAAGUCGAACAGCGAAUUGAAAGACUUUGACUUCAUUCUCGACUUCCACAAGAUUAUCACGGGCUGGACCAACGAACAUCCCUACUACAAGCAAGUCGUCAUGUACGAAGAAGUUAUCGCAGAUCUCCUCAAGGAUGAUUCAACCGAUGAAGAGCGCUCAGCUUCGUUCGAAAAGAAGAAGGAACUCGAAGCACUUCUGUACAAGGCUUACUUUGAUGAAGUCGACGCAGUAUUUGUUCCUCUCGAUGCAGCAUCUCAUCCCAUUCUGUCCUCUUUCUUCGAGCCCACGCUUUUGGUCAUCGACGAUGCCGCUAUAGCUGUACCCGGCGACCUUCUAACAGGAGUUGUCCCUCACUGCGACACCAUCCAAAAUGUCAUUCUCGCUGGCGAUCCAAUCCCAGUGGGUGGAAGGGGACUUAACAAAGGAAGAAACGAGUUCUACGAUCUUCAAAACGACACUACGAUGCGCAAGUGGUACCGAAAUCCUGAUCACUACAGCAAACUCCAAAUCAUACAGCUCGCAGAGCAACACCGCAUGCGUCCUGAGCUCUUCAAAUUGAUCAACGAAGUCUUCUACAUCGGCUCCCCGACCAAUAGCAACUCGGUUGGUGGUUACCUGAAGAACAUAUUCGGAGCUGCCUACAACGACGGUAGCAGAUUCGCCAUCAAUCUCAGCGGCAAGAAAAACGCCUCCAAGAACUGGCGAAAGUCGAAGUCGUUGUGCAACCACUCUGAAGCCGAUUCAAUCGUCGACAUGGUUGAAGGCCUUCUCAAACAGACACUUUCCAACGGCUCCAGAGUUCAACCUCGAGAUAUCCUCAUCAGCACCCUCUACACCGGCCAGGAAAUCGACAUCAGAGUCAGACUGAUGAGAAAAGGCAUCCUUGGAAGUCACAACAACGUGAUCCGCAUCACCUCUCCCAACAACGCCAGAGGCCAAGAAGGCACAAUCCAAAUCAUCUCGAUGUGCACCAAUGAUUCUGACCCUCUCAACAACACCGAAGAAAUCUCAAACCGGGAGAACCUCAACAUCAUGUUCUCUCGCGCCAGAGAGAUGCAAAUUGUCUUUGGAAACUUCAGACCUUGGAUUCAAGCCAUCAAGAACAAUGUGGAGGGCUGGGGUGUCAACGCAGAGAGUGCAAAGCGUCUCGAGCUCGUCAAGAUCAUUGGAUCCUUCUGGCCUACUGAUGACCCUGUAACUUGCACCAUCAUCUCUGAGGCUGACUUUCGCUCUGGUUUCUACGACAACAAGCCUCCCACCAGAAAGUCGUUCCCUGAUCUGGUGACCAUCGAGAGCAAAGAAGAGGGGCAGAGUAAAAGGUAA